CUCAUUCCGGAGCCUCCGGAGGGCAGCCCGCCCGGGCCCUGGACCCUACACCGCGGCCGUAAGAAGGCCACCAGCAGCCCAGUGUCCAUCUUCGUGUAUGAUGUGAAGCCUGGCGCGGAAGAGCAGACCCAGGUAGCCAAAGCUGCCUUCAAGCGCCUCAAAACUCUCCGGCAUCCCAACAUCCUGGCCUACAUCGAUGGGCUGGAGACAGAAAAAUGCCUCCACAUAGUGACAGAGGCUGUGACCCCACUGGGAACAUACCUCAAGGUGCGAGCAGAGGCUGGUGGCCUAAAGGAGCUGGAGCUCUCUUGGGGGUUACACCAGAUCGUGAAAGCCCUCAGCUUCCUGGUCAACGACUGCAGCCUCAUCCACAACAAUGUCUGCAUGGCCGCUGUGUUCGUGGACCGAGCUGGAGAGUGGAAGCUUGGGGGCCUGGACUACAUGUACUCAGCCCAGGGCAAUGGUGGGGGUCCCCCCCACAAGGGGGUCCCUGAACUUGAGCAAUAUGACCCCCCGGAGCUGGCUGACACCAGUGGCAGAGUGGUCAGAGAGAAGUGGUCAGCAGACAUGUGGCGCUUGGGCUGCCUCAUCUGGGAAGUCUUCAAUGGCCCCCUACCUCGGGCCGCUGCCCUGCGCAACCCUGGGAAGAUCCCCAAAUCACUGGUGCCCCAUUACUGUGAGCUGGUGGGAGCCAACCCCAAGGUGCGUCCCAACCCGGCUCGCUUCCUGCAGAACUGCCGGGCGCCUGGUGGCUUCAUGAACAACCGCUUUGUGGAGACCAACCUCUUCCUAGAAGAGAUUCAGAUCAAAGAGCCAGCUGAGAAGCAAAAGUUCUUCCAAGAGCUGAGCAAGAGCCUAGACUCCUUCCCCGAAGAUUUCUGUCGGCACAAGGUGCUGCCCCAGCUGCUGACGGCUUUUGAGUUUGGCAAUGCUGGGGCUGUGGUCCUCACACCCCUCUUCCAGGUGGGCAAGUUCCUCAGCUCCGAGGAGUACCAGCAGAAGAUCAUCCCUGUGGUGGUCAAGAUGUUCUCGUCCACCGACCGGGCCAUGCGCAUCCGCCUCCUUCAGCAGAUGGAGCAGUUCAUCCAAUAUCUUGAUGAGCCAACAGUCAACACCCAGAUCUUUCCCCAUGUUGUGCAUGGCUUCUUGGACACCAACCCUGCCAUCCGGGAGCAGACAGUCAAGUCCAUGCUGCUCCUGGCCCCCAAGCUGAACGAGGCCAACCUCAACAUGGAGUUGAUGAAGCACUUUGCGCGGCUGCAGGCCAAGGAUGAGCAGGGCCCCAUCCGCUGCAACACUACGGUCUGCCUGGGCAAAAUUGGCUCCUACCUCAGUGCCAGCACCAGACACAGGGUCCUCACUUCCGCCUUCAGCCGAGCCACUAAGGACCCAUUUGCACCGUCCCGGGUUGCGGGUGUCCUGGGUUUUGCUGCCACCCACAACCUCUACUCGAUGGAUGACUGUGCCCACAAGAUCCUGCCUGUGCUCUGUGGCCUCACUGUGGAUCCCGAGAAAUCUGUGCGGGACCAGGCCUUCAAGGCCAUUCGAAGCUUCCUGUCCAAACUGGAGUCUGUGUCAGAGGAUCCCACCCAACUGGCAGAAGUGGAGAAGGAUGUCCAUGCAGCCUCCAGUCCUGGGAUGGGAGGAGCCGCAGCCAGCUGGGCAGGCUGGGCUGUAACCGGGGUCUCCUCACUCACCUCCAAGCUGAUCCGGGCACACCCCACGGCUGCUCCCGCUGAGGCCAGUGUCCCCCAGAGACCAAUGCCUGAGGGACUUCCUGCCCCAGCCACCACCCCUGUCCCUGCAACCCCUACAACCUCAGACCACUGGGAGACACAGGAGGAGGACAAGGACACAGCAGAAGACAGCAGUGCUGCUGACAGAUGGGAUGAUGAAGACUGGGGCAGCUUGGAGCAGGAGGCCGAGUCUGUGUUGGCCCAACAGGAUGAAUGGAGAGCAGGGGGCCAAGGGAGCCGUGUUGGACAGGUCAGCAGCCAGGACCACAAAUCUCCGGAGUCAGAAUGGAACAGCUGGGAAGCUGAGGGCUCCUGGGACCAGGGCUGGCAGGAGCCCAGGUCCUCAGAGCCACCUCCUGAGGGCACACGGCUGGCCAGCGAGUAUAACUGGGGUGGCUCAGAGCCCAAUGACAAGAGUGACCCCUUUGCUUCGCUUUCCACACGUCCCAGUGCCCAGCCUAGGCCUGACUCCUGGGGCGAGGACAACUGGGAGGGCCUGGAAACUGAAAGCAGGCAGGUGAAGGCAGAAUUGGCCCGGAAAAAGCGUGAGGAGCGGCGGCGGGAGAUGGAGGCCAAACGCGCAGAGAAAAAGGCAGCCAAGGGCCCCAUGAAGCUGGGAGCCCGGAAGCUGGACUGAAUCUCCCGUGGGGACGCUUCCCGGCUCAGGAGAGCAGGCCCUGCGGAUGUAUUUAUUGUACAAACUACAGGAGCCCGGCCGGCCAGGCCAGGCCCAUCUCAUGUACAUAAUCAGAGCCACAAUAAAUUCUAUUUCACA